AUGGAGCGCAUCCUCGUGCUCGGCGCGUACCGCCUCUUCUCGAUCAAGCGGCGCAUGACGGGGCUCGCGUGCAUCCGCCAGGGCCACGCGCAGGAUUUGGAGCGCGUCGCCUACGUCGAGCGCGAGGGCGGCCGGGCCGUGCUCCAGAUCGAAUUCCGGCGGGGCUACGAGGACCGCGGCGGCUUCCUGAUGACCGUGCCCUGGGAGACGCCGACGACGUCGACGCUGGCCCGGAGCCUCUGGGAGCUCUGGCUGCGCUCCGGCGGCGCGCUCGAACGGCGGCGGCCAUCGCUCGAGGGGCACCUCCUCGAGCGGCUCGCGGCGUCGGCGAGUUUGGACGCGGGCGACGCGCCGGCGCUCCACGUCGCGCUCUACUCGCGGCUGCGCCACUACGUGAAACGCGCGCCGAAGCCGCGGACGGUCUCCGCGCUGACGUCCGCGGCCGUCUCCGGCAUCCUCGACCUGGCCAUGUGCGCCGACGAGGACGCCGGGCCCGCGUCGCGCGCCGUGUCCAAGCUCGAGCUCUACGCGCUGGGCGGCGUGCUCCGCGCGUCGACGGCCAUCGCCGCCGUCGCGCUCUGUGUCGCGCUCGACGGCCACCGGCCCGAGGCCGACGCGCUCCAGCUGCUCCUGGGCGCCUGCGCGGCGUCGCCGGCCGUCGCCGACCUCAAGCUCGUCGACUGCGGCGCGGCGGGCGCGGUGCUCGCGCAGGCGCCGCCCUUCUCGGAGCGGCUCGAGGUUUUGGAUUUGUCGGGCAACGGCGUCGGCGCGGCCGGCGCCGCGGCGCUCGCGGGGCUCGCGCGCGGCUGCGGUCUGCUCCGGGCGCUGCGGCUGCGGCGCUGCGACGUCGGGGGCGGCGCCGCGGGCUUCGCGGCGCUCGUUCGCGCGCUCCUCGCGGCCGCGGAGGCCCGGCGGAGCGCGUCGCUCGCGGCGGCGCUCCGCGGCGCGACGUCGCCGGCGGGCCCGGCGCUCCGCGUCCUGGACCUCGGCGAGAACCCGCUCCGGGACGCCGGCGCGGCGAUCGUGGCGACCUUCGUCGGCGCCGCGAGCUGCCGGUUGCGCGUCUUGAGCGUCGCGCGCUGCGGCGCGCCGCUCUCGGAGCUGCUCCGCGCGCUCCGGGAGGCCGCGCGGCGCGACGCGCGGCUGCCGGCGCCCCUCCGCGGCGUCGCGGCGUCCCUCGUGCGCCUCGACGUCUCCGGCAACCUGCUCCACCCGCUCGCGCGCCUCGGGGCCAACGAGGACGCGCGGCGCCUCGCAUCUGUAGCGGAGGAGCUGCCGAAGCUCCGGGAGCUCGCGUGCGGCGACCUGCGCUACGCGACGACGCUGUCCCCGGCGGCCCGGGGCGAGGACGUCGCGGCCGUCCUGGACGGCGCGCUCCGGCGCGCGCGCCGCGGCCUCGAGCGGCUCCGCGUCUUCGACUGUUCCAAGAGCGCGCUGAGCGAGCUCAAGUGCCCGGGCGGCGCGUGGCCCGAGGCGCUGCUCCUCGACGACGGCUCCGCCAAGUCGCACCGGCCCGUCUGGGCGCUCCUCGACGCGCUCGGCAACGCGCACUCGCCGCCGACGUCCGUCUCCCUCGCGCGCCACGGCGGCCUCGCGGCGCUCGCCAAGGGCGCGACCGAGCCCGCGGAGCAGCAGGCGCGGCUCGUCGCCGCCGCGUCGUCGUGCUUCGCGAACCUCGACGCGCUCCACCUCCAGGGCGCGCGGCUCCAGCGCGACCUGGGGCCUCUCGUCGCGGCGCUCGCGGGAGCGGCGCCGAAGCUCCGCGUGCUGAACGUCGCCGAGUGCGGCGGCGGCGACGACCUGUGUGGAAAUCAACCACUGGUUUGGGGGGUCCCCACCAAACUUCAGAACUCUCUAUCUCGAUCAAAUCGAAGCGACGCCGGCCUCGAGGCGCUCGGCCUGCUCUUAUCUCGAAGCGCCGCGCUCGAGCAGCUCGCCUGCGACGGCCAGCGCCUCGGCCCCCAGAAGGUCACGCUCGCGGGCCUGCGGGCGCUCCGCGACGGCGUUUUGGGCGCCGCGGAGGGCCCGCUGCUCCAGCUCGCGUCGCCGCUCGCCGACGCCGCGCGGGCCGCGCGCGACCGCAAGGACGACGCGCGGGAGAUCGUCGCCUGCGUCCGGGCCAUGCGCGAGGCCAUGCGCGCGCAGAUCUGCGACCGCGCGGCGCCGAACAGCGUGCCCUACGACGUCCUCUGCGUCAGCAUGGCGCGCGCGCCGCGCGAGGGCGUGGCGCGCGCGGACGUGGCGGCGCUGGCGGCGUCGGCGCGGGCCCAGUGCGGCCGCGAGGGCCACACGCACCGCCGCGACGCCAAACUGCGGCGCCGGAGCAGCGGCAGCGCCGAGGCCGGGGCGCUCGUCGCGUCCGUGAAGAACCUGGCGACGGGCGGCGUGCGGUCGCUGCGCACGGCGAAGACGGCGGCGACCAUGGGCCUCGCGCACCGCCAGUUCCAAAAAGAGCUCGCGAAACUCCUCGCGGACGACGCGGGCGCCGGCCGGCGCGGGAAAAGGUCGGUCGUUUUCCACUCGUUUCGGCUGAUGUUUGGACGAGCGACCAUCCCGCGGAGCGCGGAUGUUUUUUUCCGGAAACGCGCGCGCGCGGACCACCCACCGUCGAAGCGACGUCGCAUCACCACAGGCGACGGCGCCGUCGAGCGCGCGUGCGACGCGUACAUGGCGCGCGCGGCGGCGACGUUCCGGGACCACGUGCUCCGCGAGGGCGGCUUCCAGGUGAAGAUCGGCCAGAUGGUGGCCAUGCAGAAGGCGCUGCUGCCCCUCGCGGUCACGGAGACGCUCGCGCCGUGCUGCGACGCCGCGCGCGCCGCGCCCUUUUCGUCCCUCGAGAAGGCCGUCGCGGAGCGCCUCGGCGUGCACCGCCUCGACGAGAUCUUCGCCCGCGUCGACCACCGGCCCAUCGGCGCCGCGUCCGUCGCCCAGGUCCGCGCGCUCGAGCCGGACCACGGCCUGGAGUCCUUCGUCGACUUCCGCAUCGAGGGCCACAACCGGGAGCGGCUCGCGGCGAUUUUAGAGCGGAGCGGCCGGUCCGCGCGGAGCGCCGUCGCGCGCGUGCGCCUGCCCCGGGUCCACUGGGCGCUCACGCGCGAGGGCGUCAUGGUCCAGGACUUUGUGGCCCGCGCCGCGGCGCUCGGCGACCGCGCCGCCGUCGAGGCGCUCGGCGUGCCCUUCACGGUGGCCGUUUCGGAGCUGUCGCAGAUCUUCGCGGAGUGCGUCUUCGUCCACGGCUACACGCACAACGACCUCCACGGCGGCAACGUGCUCGUCACCGCGCCGGAGCGGGGCUCCGGCGCCUCGCCCGGCGUCCGCGCGUGGCUCCGGCGCGGCUUCCUCGCCUUCGUCUACGGGUCGCUCGUCGUCGUCGCCGCCGCGGCGUCCGCGGCGGUCGCGGCGGUCGCGGCCGCGUGCUGGGCCGCGCCGCACCCGCUCCUGCGCACGGUGGCCCUCUCCGUCGCCGGCGGCGCUGUCCUGAGCCGCUUCGACCGGCACCGCGCGGCCGCCGUCGCCGCGGCGGUCGCGUCGCUCGGAAUCGGCGAACACCGGUCGCUCGUGGCCUUCUUCGACGGGACCCUGUACCCGCCGGAGAAGUUCGACGUCGUCCUCAUCGACCACGGCUUCCACACGGACGUGCCCGACGCCUUCCGCCUCACGUUCUGCAAGACCUGGGCCGCCGUGGGUUUGCGCGACGCGCUGUGUGGAAAUCAACCAGUGGAACACCCUGUCCAGCAAAAACUUCAAACCUCUCUAGCUCGGUCAAAUCGAAGUCGAUUCGGCUGA